AUGGUAUUAUUUGAUAAAGCUGAAGAAUAUUAUCACCGAUAUUUGAAAUCUUCCAUAGCAGAAGAUGAAAAAAAUCUUGCUUUGAUCCAUGAUCAAUUAGCAACACUCGCUGCAAUUAGAGGAGACUUUAAGUUAGCUGAAAACCAUUGGAAAUCAUCUACUGACAUAUUUGUCAAUGUUAAUCCACAAUUAGAUAAUUGUAAGAUUAAUAUUGUGUAUAGCCUGAAUGAUCGAAUAUUUGAUGAAAACAAGUUUUUAGACUUUGAUCAAUUAUUUACAUAUUUUCAAUCAUCUUUUCCCAAUGAUUUAAUAACUUUUUGGUGUCGAAUGUGGGUAUGGGUAUCCGAUGAAUGUCGUGCCCACACCCACAUCCACACCCACCCACACCCACACACACACACACACCCACACCCACACACACCCCACACCCACACCCACACCCACACCCUUUUUUCAAUAAACCAACAAUGUAUUUAUGUAAUUCGAGUAUUCGCUGACUAUACAUACAUAUAUUUUAACAUUUACUGAUUUAUGAAAAGAUUAGAUUCAAUCUUGAAAACUAACGUCUGUCCAAAAAAAAUGGACUCGGGUAUUUUUGCAAUAACUCAAGAACAGAAAGAGCUAGAGAGCUGCGAUUUUCACCAUUGCGUAGAUAAAUGAGUACUCUAUAUAUUCAUCAAGACAUGCCGGAGAUCCUUGCUGUUUCAGUAUUCGUCCACCACGAACCUUUCAAACAGUCCAUUGCGCUUUUUCAAAGUUCUAUGGAGACAUAUAUAUCUAAAGUAUGUAAAACAUAGCCCGGAGGCCCCUCUACAAAACCACGCAAGGCUGAGCUCUUUAGCUAUUAUGGUUCAAAAUUGGCGCCUAUUUUCCUGAGGUCCAUGCAAGUCGUUUUUCUCAAUGCGAUAACU